ACGAACAACAAAAAAGUUUGUUUAGUUUUAGUUUAACCGUGAAUGUAACAAGAAAGAAUUAAAGAAAGUGCUAACAUUAUACUUUUACAAGAAUUCCCAUGACUUGAACAUUUCCGACUGCAACGAAAAAUACAAAGUAUUAUUGAUAGUUUGGUCAAAACAAGUGAUAAAUUUAUGUGUACGGCCACUAAACAAAUUACAGCUAGCUGCUCAAGCACGAAUUAAUGAAUGGACUGCGAGUGUAAAUGAGAAAUUUUUGUGAAAUGUGUUGAUAAAGAAGGCCAAACGCGAAUUAAAUUGCAUUUUAAGUUACGUGUGAGAUGCCACAUCCCUACGGAAUGCAUGGUUUUAAUCCGAAUCCCUCUAGUCCGCCAGGACCUCAAAAUGUCUUAGCACAACGAUCCGGUCAAGCGAGCGGCGGCGGCAGCGGCGUAAUGAUGCCCAAUCCGUCGCUGCUGGCCUCCUCGAGUCAGCAACCGCUCACGCUGUCCCGUCUCGAGGACAAAAGGCUGACGCGCGAAGCAAUGGAAAAAUAUCUCAGGGACCGAAAUGACAUGAUUAUUGUUAUACUACAUGCUAAGGUCGCCCAAAAAUCUUACGGCAACGAAAAACGCUUCUUUUGCCCGCCGCCAUGCAUUUAUCUCUUUGGCGAUGCGUGGAAGAUGCGACAGGAGGAGAUGCUCGCGAAAGGCGAGAGCGAACAAUCGUCUCAAUUGUGUGCCUUCAUCGGGAUCGGCAGUUCCGAUCAGGACAUGCAACAGCUUGAUCUGAACAACGGGAAACAAUACUGCGCUGCCAAAACUCUUUUCAUCUCGGACUCGGACAAGCGAAAACACUUUAUGCUCUCCGUGAAAAUGUUCUACGGCAAUGGACACGACAUCGGGGUCUUCAAUUCCAAACGCAUCAAAGUCAUUUCGAAACCCUCGAAGAAAAAGCAGUCACUCAAAAAUGCGGAUCUUUGUAUAGCGAGUGGCACCAAAGUGGCCCUCUUCAAUCGCCUGAGAUCUCAGACAGUUUCCACGCGAUACUUGCACGUGGAAAAUGGACAUUUUCAUGCCAGCUCAACGCAAUGGGGCGCAUUUACGAUUCACUUGCUCGACGACAACGAAAGCGAGUCGGAGGAAUUUCAGGUACGUGAUGGCUACGUACAUUAUGGAGCCACUGUGAAACUCGUGUGUUCCGUGACUGGCAUGGCGCUACCAAGGCUGAUAAUUCGUAAGGUAGAUAAGCAAAUGGCUUUGCUGGAAGCUGACGAUCCCGUAUCGCAACUGCACAAAUGCGCAUUUUACAUGAAAGACACGGAACGGAUGUACUUGUGUCUGUCACAAGAGAAAAUUAUUCAAUUCCAAGCAACACCAUGUCCAAAGGAGCCGAACAAAGAAAUGAUCAACGAUGGCGCUUGUUGGACCAUUAUUUCCACAGACAAGGCCGAGUAUCAAUUUUACGAGGGAAUGGGACCUGUACGAUCACCUGUGACUCCUGUUCCAAUUGUAUUUUCGCUAAACUUGAAUGGUGGCGGCGACGUGGCGAUGUUAGAGUUGACAGGUGAUAAUUUCACGCCAUCGUUACAAGUGUGGUUCGGAGACGUCGAAGCAGAAACUAUGUAUCGAUGUGCUGAAGCUUUACUUUGUGUUGUACCAGAUAUCUCGCAAUUCCGAGGCGAAUGGCUUUGGGUUCGGCAACCAACACAAGUACCUGUUUCACUAGUGAGAAAUGACGGUAUUAUCUACGCAACGGGAUUGACAUUCACAUACACGCCAGAGCCGGGACCGCGUCCUCAUUGCACCUCAGCGGACGACGUGAUGCGAUCCGGACGACAAAAUUGCGCAACAAACAAUUCUACAGCGAGCCGGAAUCUACUGCCGUCAAUAUCUGACGUCGCAUGGAAUCCGCAAAAUGGAGUGUAAAAGAAUGAAUGAGAAUGUAAAAAAAAACUUUAAAUAAUAAUAGGAUAGCAAAUAAUGUCAUACUAUUCACAAAACAGACAUAAAAAAAUUACAUUGUACGUCGAAAUAAUAUUAACGAAAAAAAGAAACAAAGUUUAGUAUUAUAUUUAUUUAUUAAAUUUCAAGACGAUUUGAUUCACA